UCAAGUACAUUCAUCAUUUCCUCCUCGUCCUGCUCCCGGACAAAAGCACCUUCCUCUUAAAGGAGCUCACAUUCAUCUCACCGUUCUCUGCAUUCCAAGGUCGAAAAAUCCCACCUUUUUCCCUUGUUCUCCAUUAACGGAGUCGGUCCCGUGGUGAAAGAGUGAGUAUGGCCAUCUCUUGGUACUAUUCCUCUAGAGAGAGGUAGAGAGAGAGAGAGCAGGAAUCAUGUGACCCAGCGUUGCGCUUAUAUAUACUGAAAGCUUUCCCAAUCCUCUUCGAAUUUCCUCUUCCCCUGCACUUCUUCCCCAAUUUUCAGCUGAAAGGUAUGUCGUCAAGUGCGUCGAGGUUCAUCAAAUGUGUCACAGUUGGGGACGGGGCCGUUGGGAAGACUUGCAUGCUAAUCUGCUACACGAGCAACAAAUUCCCGACGGACUAUAUACCCACUGUGUUUGAUAAUUUCAGUGCCAAUGUAGUGACUGAAGGAACUACUGUGAAUUUAGGGCUAUGGGACACUGCUGGGCAAGAGGACUAUAAUAGACUGAGACCUUUGAGCUAUCGAGGGGCUGAUGUCUUCGUGUUGUCUUUUUCAUUGGUUAGUCGCGCGAGCUAUGAAAAUGUGCUGAAAAAGUGGAUUCCUGAGCUACAACAUUAUUCUCCUGGAGUUCCUAUUGUACUGGUUGGCACAAAAUUGGAUCUUCGUGAGGACAAGCGUUAUUUGGCAGAUCACCCAAGCGUAGUUCCUGUUACAACAUCACAGGGAGAAGAAUUGCGUAAGCAGAUUGGUGCUACAUAUUUCAUAGAAUGCAGCUCAAAAACUCAGCAGAAUGUCAAGGCAGUUUUUGAUGCUGCAAUCAAGGUUGUUAUUCAGCCUCCACCAAGAUUGAAGGAGAAGAAAAAAAAGCGCCAACAUAAAUGCUCAAUAAUGAACAUAUUUUGCGGGAGGAAGCUUGUGUGUCUCAAGUGAAAGCUCUUCUCACUUACAUCUCCAUAGUUUUUUUUUUUUUGCGAUUAAACUUUCAGAUUGUGUGACAGCUUAAUAGAAAUCAUGUUUCAGAUCAAUUUCUAUCUCUAUCUACAACCUUUUGUAUUGUAUUCUAAAUUCUUUUGUCUGGGCUGGAAGGGAUAAUCAUUUUAUUUGUGUUGUAAUCUGCUAGUGUUUAAUUUGUUUGAUUAAUGGAUUAUAUGCUUUACUGAAAGAGUGGAAUGUCCUCUGUUCUAUUUCA